AUGCUAGAUGAAUGUCUUCCAACAGCUGUCGCAAAAAAUAAAUAUUUAAAAACCUGUCAUGCGCAUGCUCAUUUGUAUCUUGGUAUAGAAACAAUUCAACAGUUUACUAUACUACAAAGACAAGCAUAUCCCCGUAAUUUAUAUAUAAUGAAUCUCGUUGGAUGUUAUCGUGAACCAUUUAAUCAUCAAUAUGAAGAUGCAUUAGCAUUACAAGGAAGUCGUCUACUUAUUUCAUACAUUAAUGAUAUAAAAAUGAACAUAGAUAGCACUGAUAAGGGAAUAAAUAUUUUAAAAUCAGGUCACAUUAGUCAUGAAACUCAGCAACACUCAAUGAAGGUAUUGAAUGAAACUCAUACAUCUGACACUAUCACAAGAAAAAAAAAAGAGGAAAAGAAAGAAAAUGUCAAAGAAAAAAGGACAAGAUGA